GUGAGAAGCGACUGUCAAUGUCGGACUACUCACUUCGACAACAAGUAACAGUAUUUUUUAAUUUAUAAUAAUUGUUUUUUAGUUUUUCGCAAUGUUCAACAACAUUAAUAACUUCUCGGCGGAAGCCGGGCCGGUAGCCUACCCUUUUAAAAUGGUUUCCGACGAAGUCGAACAGAAUAUGUUGGGAUGGAAUGUUCCAUCAGAAUACCAAGACCUGGUCCACGAUCACUGGAGGAAUUUUGCAGCAAUCGACAAGUUCUGGCACUAUUGCUUGGCGCUCAUAUACACGAUGCUUUUGAUCUCUUCGAUAUGCGGCAAUGGAAUCGUUGUCUGGAUUUUUAGCACCUCAAAAUCACUUCGAUCGGCGAGCAACAUGUUUAUCGUCAACCUGGCCCUCUUCGACAUGGUGAUGAUGAUAGAAAUGCCGCACCUGAUCAUCAAUUCGUUCUACCAGAAGAUGCUGGGCUACCAGUUCGGGUGCGACGUGUACGCCACACUCGGCUCGAUAUCUGGCAUCGGAGCGGCAAUCUCCAACGCCGUUAUCGCUUAUGACAGAUAUAAGACGAUUUCGUGCCCUAUCGACGGCAGGAUUAAUAAAGUGCAGGCUUCUAUACUAAUUGCUGUAACGUGGAUCUGGACACUCCCCUUUACAAUUCUGCCUCUUACGAAGGUCUGGGGCAAGUUUGUUCCUGAGGGCUUCCUGACAACAUGCUCAUUCGAUUAUUUCACUGAUGACGAAGAUACCAAGGUGUUUGUGGCUUGUAUUUUCGUGUGGAGUUACUGCUUCCCCAUGGCUCUCAUUUGUAUCUUCUAUUCGAAGCUAUUUAGUGCGGUCCGCCUCCACGAGAAAAUGUUGAAAGAACAGGCGAAAAAGAUGAACGUAAAAUCAUUGGCAUCGAACAAGGAAGACGCAGGGAAGAGUGUUGAAAUAAGGAUUGCGAAAGUCGCUUUCACCAUCUUCUUCCUAUUUGUUUGCGCUUGGACACCGUACGCUGUUGUAACUAUGAUCGGCGCUUUCGGAGACAGGUCGUUGCUGACACCUCACGUGACGAUGAUCCCGGCCGUGUUUGCCAAGAGCGUGUCGUGUAUUGACCCUUGGGUAUACGCUAUCAACCAUCCGAGAUACAGGGCUGAGCUUCAAAAGAGAUUGCCAUGGAUGGGCGUUCGCGAACCUGACCCAGAAACACAGUCGAGCAACGCAAGCACCACGACGCAAUCGCAAUCGGCGGACGCGUAAACCGCCCGGACUUACUACGACCGACCACAGAUACCGACAGACCAUUGGCUAUGAACUGGACGCAGAUUAGCAUACGCUUACAACACUUUUAUACUGUAGCAACGAAUUAACUCGUACUUACUAUUUACAAUCAAAUGUGUAAUGUACGUGGAAAAUUAUCGAAUUUGUUGCUACAUCAAGUAUUUAUAACGGUGAAUAGAACAAAGAUGUCUAUUUUUUUACGAAGUAUUUCCCUUGUUUACAGCAUAGAUGUGAAUAUGUGUAUUAACAUUCCUGUUACUUUUUUCCAAGUGAAACAAAAAACCAAAAAAAAAAUUAAUAAAAAACGAAC